GGCUGGUCGAUUUAUGUCCGCUGCGCAACACCGCCAUCUUACCGUCUGUCCGAAAAUGCCAGUUUUGCGACUUGUAAUACAGGACUAUUUUGAAGGUUUCAAGUACUAUCAGUAACUAUGCCUGAAAAUAAAGAAAGUUCCCCUUCUCCGGCUGGAGAUGAUCAAACCAAGAUAGGUCUCACAUGUCUCGAAAUAAAGGCUCUCAGAGAGAAGAUAUGGGAAAAGACAAAUUCAGACAAUGCCAGGGUGGUUCUGUUUGGUACUCCUAAGGAAACUGUUGAAGUUAUUCAAGAGAAUAAAAUGACAAUUACUGAAGAGGUAAACAAAAGCAUAUACUUUAGCUACCCAUGUCGACGGCAUAGCUGUUCCUUAGUGAACAUCCCAGCUCCAUGUGUCAGCAAGAUUAUUUCACACAUUGAAGAUGUGGAAUCCAGAAUACAGCAGCAUUUAAAACAGCUUGAAACUUCCUUUGAUGCAUGGAGCAGAACUUCCAUGACAGACGUGAAAGAAGAUUGGAGUAUUGCCAUAUCAGAUAAAGAAGUCCAACCAGAACAAGAGAGAGAUGAAAUAUGUCCAGAAUUAAGGCAAGAAAUGGAAACUUUGCUUUCGGAAGCCAUCCAUCUUAUUAAAAGUCUAGAAAGUGACCGGGCUGAAGCUGAGGAGGCUUUGAAGCAUCAAAGGAUAAGAAAGAAAAAGGUCAGCCUAAAGAUUGAUGCUUGGUCAAUCUGGAAGCUUCAAGAACUUCCACUUGCUGUACAGAAAGAACAUGAGGCCUAUAUGAGAGAUAUUAUUGAAUUACAAUGGCAUCUUGAGGAUAAAACCCGUGAAGCAAAACAGAUAGAGAAACACAAGGUGAGAUUGGAAGAAGCCAAUGCGAGGAUUCAAGCAGACAUAGACUACCUGCUGAAUCAAAUCCCUCUUCUGGAUGCCAAGCAGAAGCUGGAAGUGGAAGCUCUGAGGGAAUGUUACCAAAAAAAAUUCGAGGUAAUGGAGCUGUGUAGAAAAAUUCAUGGAGAUCUUGAAGAAGCUUUAGAAGACUUUGAAAACACUAAGUUUAAGUCUAAGCAAUUGAAGGAAGAUUUUGAAAAAGAGAUUCAAAAGGACGAAGCAAGCAUCAACAACUACAAGAAAGAGUUAGAUAAGCUUGCCAAUCUGUUUAAUCACUACAUCAACUCAAUAAACAAUGUUAACACUGACAUUGAGGAGCACGAAGAGGCAGUGACGGAAGUAAUAAAGGAAACAAAAUCAUCAAGAAAUGAAGUAGCCAGUUUAUCCAAAGUUCUUGAUGAUUUGAAGAAAACAUUUGAUCAACAAGGCAGGAAACAAAAAAACUUUGAGCAACAGUAUCUGGAUGCACUAAAUAAAUUUUAUGCUGCGAAAAAGUCAUGGGCUGUUGAGAUUUCUAAUGUCGCCAAAGAUUAUUCGGAAAUUUCAUUAGCUUAUAUGCAAGUGAUGGAAGAAAAGAGAAGACUUGAGAUUGAUAUCGACAAUGUAACAAAUCAAAUCAGUGACAGCAUAAGAAAAAAAAUGGAGCAUGAGUCUGAAAUCCAGUCUUUGUUGAAACUGAAGUCGAAGAAUAAUGUUUAUCUCAAACAGCUCUACAUGGAGGCUUACCACAUCAGUGCUGUUUACCACCUCAUCAAACAUAAGACAGAAGAAUUGGAUGAUAAAAUAUCAGAAGUGAGAAGAAAAUUCAAGGGCAGAGAAGAUUUCUUGAAAAAGCUUAUUCGAAGUCAAGUGGCUGCUGGGAUGGUGAUGCAGAAAAGAAUGUUUUCCAUUCAAGAAUCUCAGUUGCUGGAGAGGCAGGAUCUUCUGCAAAAGAAAGCCAUAUACAGCCUAACCAUUGCAGGCAUGGAGGAACCUCUAAGUCAGAUGGAAGAGGAAGCUGAAAGAAUCAGAGCUAUCCACCAAGAUCAAACUAAUACACUGAAUGAGGUACUUGAGAAGAAAGCCAAUGUUAGAAGAAGGGUGGAAAAAACAAAGAAAAACUUGAAGAAAAGAGGGAGAAAAACUCUUGAAGCACUAACAGAAACUGAGAGUAAACGUUCAACAGUCUUUAAAGAAUUGGAGAAAGCAAAAAGUAAAACCAUUAUUUUUCAUACAAAGAUAGAUGAACUGAGUCACGAAUUAGAAAUAAAAGAAAAGGAAAAGAAGAGAUUUGAAAAGACACUGGAUAAUUUAAGGGAUGUAUUUUUAACUGCACAAUUUAAAAGGGAGCAUGCACAAGCAGUGUUUGAUCAAUUCAUGGAGGCGAAAGCGAACUGUGAGGAGAGACUCUAUGAGGAAGAGCAGAGAUUUAGAAAGCUUUUUGCCAUGAGGCAAAAUACCCUGGGAGAUAUGAAAAAAAUGCAAGAGAAGUUACUGGCAGAAAAUGUAUGUUUAACGCAAGAGUAUCAACAUAUGCAGAAGGUUUUCUUAAAAGAGAAGAACAAUUAUUUCUGCAGAUAUGAUAAGCAGCUCUCACUUGAUGCCUCACUUCGGGAUAAGAAACAGCUCUGUAUGCUGCAGAAGAGGAUGCAGGGGCUGUGGCAGGAGCACAUGAGACUGGUGGUCCUCUACAGCCAGAGGCGGCUGGCCAGCUUCCAGACCGACUCUCAGGAGACUAUUCAGAAAAUAUUAGCUGUGCAGGAUGAAUCCUCAAAUUUAAUGCAACACAUCUUAGGCUUCUUCCAGACUUUGACAGAUGGCUCCUCCGAAAACGAUGGUUAAGCAAACAACCAAAUGUACCUUGGAUGCUGAAGUAAAAGACAAGAAAAGUCAUACAGUUCAGAUAACAGUGUAAUUGGACAUUCACCUGUUUGCCAUUUCACACUUCCACGGACGAAAAACUCACUCACCUCCCAGCAUGCUUUGCCACUCUUUUACUUACAGCAAAUCCAUAACAAUGAAACAGGUGACUUUCAUGCUGCUGUCAGGAACGAUCUAAUUUCAGCUCUGGGUGACUGAUUGCAAUUGGCUUUGCCUCAUCUGAUAAUUAAUCUAUGUCACCAUUAAUUGGAAGAGAGAAUAAUUACUGGCGGUGUUGACAGUGACUGUUCGCUUCCCCAGAUUUCCCCAUCGUGUUGGCCCAAAUAAAGGCUUUGCGAUUCAGUACUUAAAGUUUGUGUAAACUGUAACAAUAUCUAAGCCCAUGUGACACUUUCAGACACUCUGCCUAAUGUACUUUUGUUUUUGUGUUUACCAAUCUUUUUUAGCUCACUGAGAGCUGUCUCUCUCAAUCACUCCUCAAUGUUCUAUCUUAAUUUUGUGGAAGUUUAAAGUUUUCAAUGAGCUGGAGAUGAAUGAUUAAUGAAUAAAUUUAAAUGCUUCAUUUUGUC